AUGGCAAUUUUUCAUGUUAGAUCAAACAGCUUGCCUUCGAAAUCUCAUCCUUUGGUCAAUCAUGUUGAAGAUCACUUACAGAGGUUAAAGUCCUCUGAAGAGACAUCAACAUCAGGCACUUCAGUAAGUGCAAGGUUGGCGAGCCUCAGAGAAUUGCACGAGGGGGUUGAAAAUUUGAUGCAGAUGUCUUCAAUCCAACAAGCUCUUGCUGCGGAAGGCAGUGAGAAAUGGACUAAUGAGUUGCUUGAGCAGUCCCUUGGACUUGUGGAUCUCUGCGGAUUCGCCAGAGAAGUUCUGAGUUUAAUAAAGGGAUCUGCUCAAGAACUUCAAUCCUCUAUUAGACGAAGCAGAGGCGACAAUGCUACCACAGGUGACAUCAGUGCUUACCUAACCUCAAGAAAGAAGAUCAACAAAAUGAUCAGCAAGUUCAUCAAGAACUUCAAGAGCUUCAACAAAAACUGGACGGCUCUCUUGGAUGAUGAGUCUGAUCUCAAGGUCAUCAUGGAGAUGCUGAAACAGACAACGGAGUUUGAUUUCGCAGUCUUGAAGUCUGCACUAAUGGUUUUGUCCACUGAGAAGGGAAGAUCAAAGAAAAGUAGCUGGUCAUUGACGUCCAUGUUCACUCAAGGCGUGGACACUGCAGAUGUCCAAAAUGUUUUUGAGCAACUUAAAUCUUCGGAAUUGGCUGUUCAAGAACUCGAAGAGGAACUGGAAGCCUUCUACAGGACAUUGGUGAAAACUAGAGUUUCACUUCUUAAUGUUCUUAAUCAUUAG